AUGAAGCCCUACGUAGGUCAAGUGUUCAAGUCUCUUAAAGAUGCAUUUGAGUUUUAUAAAAAUUACGGAAGCUCGUCUGGAUUCGAUGUUCGUAAAGGCGCUCUUAAGAGAGGGAAAUAUGGGCAGAUUCUAUAUCAAUAUUUUUUCUGCAUCAGAGAAGGCAUUAAUCCUGCUAAGCAUGAUCAGUCAUCCGAAACACAGCCGAAGAAAAAAAAGAGACGCCGAAAGCCAUCCACUAGGAACGGCUGCAAAGCACGUGUUACUGUGAGAAUUACAAAUGAGGGUGAGUACAUUGUUAGCAAUAUCGCUGAAGCUCAUAACCACGAAUUAGUAACGCCAGAGUGCCGCCACCUGAUGAAAUGCAAUCGGAACUUAGAUCCGUCACAUCACAUGAUCAUGUUAAAAUGUGCUAAAGCUAAUAUUGGACCAAUGAGAGCAUUCAGAAUUUUUAAAGAGCUGGUUUGUAGCUAUGAAGACGUUGGAUGUACGAGCGAUGACUUUAGAAACUUAUCCUAUGAGAUGAAUUGUUAUCCUGAUGGUUCAGACGCACAGUUGCUGUUGGACAGAUUUAUCACCAAACGCGAUCUGGAUGAUCGGUUUAAGUGUGAAUAUUUGCUCGAUGAGUGUCAAAAAGUGAAGAGCAUAUUCUGGAGUGAUGCAACGGGGGUUGAAAACUUCAGAACCUUUGGUGACGCAGUUUCGUUUGAUGCGACCUACUCAACCAACAGGUACAACAUGAUUUUUGCACCUUUUACUGGGAAGGACAACCAUGGUGGAUGCGUUACAUUUGCAGCUGGCUUACUAAGCAGAGAGGAUGUCAGCUCAUACUCUUGGCCAUACUAA